AUGACACAGAAAGAAGAGGAUAAAGCAAAUAUUUUUGUGAAAGACCUAAUGCAUCCCAAGUGCUUAGCUUUGAAGGCAAAGAAAUCACCCCUUUUCCAUAUACUCAAAGCAAAGAAACUGCAAGUGAACAUCAAAGAGCAAGUGAAAAGGGGGCAGGAAGGUAGAAGGGACACAGUCGUGCUUCUGAGCAAAAUUUGUCCUUUUGUCACUUCUUCAGUUCAUCUUAAAUUUGACACAACAACAGAAGAAGAAGGUGGUCCAGGAAUCAUAAGGAAUUAUGUGCCACCCCCUGAGCUCCAAGAUUCAUUGCCUUCAGUGCAGAUAGCACCUCCAAAGUCAACUGAUAGCCACAGAAAGAAAGGCAGACAACAUCCACCACCAAAAGAAAAGGACAGAGUACAAACAGCAGUCAUGAGCGGCUCAGUGCGCGCCAGUGGCACAGAUUUCAAGGCAAAGACAUCGUCCCCUCCUCAUGUGUUCAGUGUUGCUGAGCACGGUGCUCUGAGUAGGAGAAAGGAACCAUGGCCAAGCAUUGAGGAGAGAGUAGAACAGGGGCAGGGAAGAACAGAAGACCUUGAUGUGGCUCCAACAAAAACUCCUCCUUCCUCGCCUUCUGCAUCUCACCGUAGAUUGGAUGCAGGAACCAAAGGAGAUGAAGACUUGCCUGCAGUUGCAGGAUUCUCUCCUUCACCAUUUCAGCUCCCUGAGUCAUCAGGUGCAGGGGAAAUCAGAUAUGCAGAUUCCAGUCAAGGUAUUAGCUCAUGUAAUGUAAUAAUAAAAACUAAUGGACAUAUGCCAUAUAGAGAGACAAAGGUCAGAGUAAAAACAAAAGACAAGAAAGAUAGAAUAUACCCCAAAAUAAUAACUUUGGAAGCCCAUACAUCCCCACUUACACAUCCACUCAGUAGAAACAGACUACCUUUGAAUGUCAAAGAGCAAGGGAAGGAAGUGCAGGACAGCAAAGGUGAGCCAGAAAUGGUUCUGAGGGAAACUCGUGCCUCCUUACUUUCUCCAUCUUACCUGAAAUGGGACACUAGCAGGAAUGAAAAGGAAGACACAGAAAGAAUAACACAAUCCUGUUUUUCACCACUGAAGGCUUAUGGUCCAUUCAAUCCAAGCAAAAAAGCAGAUGCUAAGUCAUUUGAUGGUUAUUCGUUAAAAGACAAAGAUAGACUCAAAACAGGUAUUGAAGACAAAGUGCUCCCAAGUGAAAAAGCAGAUACUAGGUCAUGUGAUGGUUAUAUGUUAAAAGAGGAAGUUAGACUCAAAACAGAUACUCAAGACAACGUGCUCCUGAUAUCUAUGCAUCAGAACGCAAAGGAAUUACCACUUUCACAUAUACGUGAUACCAAAGAAUUGAAGUGGAAAAUUAAAGAGCAAAAGAGAAGGGUACAGAGAGAGGACAGUGAACUAGUCACAAAACUGAAAAACAUUUAUACUUCUUUACUGGCUCUACCAUAUCUUAAAUCUGAUACAACAGAAGGAGAGGGGUACAUGAUAAGAAUUACAAAAUUGCCUCUCCCACAAGCACAGUCCAACGAAUCAUCAGAAUAUGCUGAAACCAAUGAGGGACAACUUUCAAAAGAUGUAAAAAAAUUAAAAGAACACAUGCUACACAAAGAAGAGAAGGAGAGAGAGAAAUAUGUGGAUAAGAAUAGUAGAGUGGACCACAAUAAUAUGGAUUUGGAAGCAAAGGAAUCACCUAUUUUACUUACAUACAAUCUAAGUGACCUUCCGUGGAAAACUAAAGGGCAAGAAGGGAAGGUUCAGGAAGAUAAACGGGAGCCGGGUGAUGCAACACUGACUGAGACUUGCACUUCUAAAUCUUCUCCUCUUCACCUUGACAAAAACACCAGCCUCAGAGAAGAGGGCAUGCCAAUGUUAUCAAGACCCUCUUUUCCCCCAGUAAACUUCCAGAAAUCAUCAGGUUCUGAGGAACUGGUACAUGCAGAGCCAAUGGCUAGUGAUACUGUCAUCAGUCCCCCAAAAGAAAAACAACAUUUGCCCCAGAACAAGGAAGAGGAUGGAGUAGAAAGAGGAAACCUCGUGUCCCCCAAACAUCAUGAAAAGGAGAUGCAGGAAAGUAAAGAUGGACCAGGUAUGGUUCUGACCAAAUCUUCUACUUCAUCACCAUCUCUCCCUGCCCUCAAAUUGGAUAAAGAAGUACAAGUCAAUGAUGAAAUGCUAGCACUUAAAAGGUCUGUUUUGCCGAGAAUAUCGUGUGCAGGGGAAAUGGUACAUACAGAUUCAAUUAGUGGUGAUACCAUGAAAGAUGUUCAAAACCUGACCAAAUCUUCUACUUCAUCACCAUCUCUCCCUGCCCUCAAAUUAGAUAAAGAAGUACAAGUCAAUAAUGAAAUGCUAGCACUUAAAAGUGAAGAGAAGCUUUUGCAGACUACAAUGAGUGGAAAACGUUAUUCUUUAGUCCCCUUAACGGAAUCAGAUAUUAAAUUACAUCUUUCAAAAAGCCAAGGCAAACCUCACAGGCAUUCAGAAAGCAAAGAACGGAAGAAGGCCAAAUUGGAUUUAUCUAGAAAGAACAACACUCCUUGGGAAUGUGAUGACAGUUAUACACAGAGUAAAGAGAAACGCACAAGAAAGGAGAAAGUACAGGAUUAUGAGUCAGAAAGAUCAGAUUAUUUCCCAAGCAAACAUAAGUCAGCAUCAAAACCUCCUCAAGAGGAUAUCAGCUUCCAUUCUGAAAGAAAACAAAACCAGCCAUUUUUUUAUGCCUGUAUACCAUCAGACUCGCUGGAGAUUAUACCCCAAACCGUUCGCUGGACUAUUCCCCCCAACACUUUAAGGAAGAAGAACUUCAGAAUUCCCCGGGUGGCCAAGAUUUCAAGUUCUUGCAACAUAUGGAGUUCAUCCAAAAAGCUGCUGGGGUCGCUGUUAGGGUCCUUCAGCCUCGCUUGUCAAAAAUGA